CUGGGGCUGCGGGCGUCGGCGGGGCCGGGGGGCUGCGGCUGCGGGGUGGGCGCCAUGGCGGUGGAGACGCUGUCCCCGGACUGGGAGUUCGACCGCGUGGACGACGGCUCCCAGAAAAUCCAUGCAGAGGUCCAGCUCAAGAAUUACGGGAAAUUUCUUGAGGAGUACACGUCGCAGUUGAGCAGAAUUGAGGAUGCACUGGAUGAUUCCAUUGGAGAUGUCUGGGAUUUCAAUCUCGAUCCUAUAGCAUUAAAGCUUUUGCCUUAUGAACAGUCUUCCCUUUUGGAACUUAUAAAGACAGAAAACAAGGUCUUAAACAAGGUCAUCACUGUUUAUGCUGCACUUUGUUGUGAAAUCAAGAAAUUAAAAUAUGAGGCAGAAACAAAAUUUUAUAAUGGCCUCUUGUUUUAUGGAGAAGGAGCUACCGAUUCCAGCAUGGUAGAAGGUGACUGCCAAAUUCAGAUGGGUAGAUUUAUUUCAUUCUUACAGGAACUGUCUUGUUUUGUUUCGAGGUGCUAUGAAGUGGUGAUGAAUGUAGUCCAUCAGUUGGCUGCCCUCUAUAUCAGUAACAAAAUUGCACCCAAAAUUAUAGAGACAACUGGAGUUCAUUUUCAGACUAUGUAUGAGCACUUGGGAGAAUUGCUCACAGUUUUGCUCACCCUGGAUGAAAUUAUUGAUAAUCACGUCACAUUGAAAGACCACUGGACUAUGUACAAAAGGUUACUGAAAUCUGUUCAUCACAAUCCUUCGAAAUUUGGGAUUCAGGAAGAAAAGCUAAAGCCAUUUGAAAAAUUUUUGCUGAAGUUAGAAGGGCAGUUAUUGGAUGGAACGAUAUUUCAGGCCUGUAUAGAACAACAGUUUGAUUCUCUCAAUGGAGGAGUAUCUGUGUCCAAAAAUAGCACUUUUGCUGAAGAAUUUGCACAUAGUCUUCGUUCAAUUUUUGCAAAUGUAGAAGCCAAACUUGGAGAGCCUUCUGAGAUCGACCAAAGAGAUAAGUAUGUUGGAAUCUGUGGACUCUUUGUACUGCACUUUCAAAUUUUUCGAACUGUUGAUAAGAAGUUCUAUAAAUCUUUAUUGGACAUUUGUAAGAAGGUCCCAGCCAUCACCUUGACUGCUAAUAUCAUUUGGUUUCCUGAUAAUUUUUUGAUCCAGAAAGUACCAGCAGCUGCCAAACUCCUAGACAGAAAAAGUCUUCACGCCAUUAAAAUACACAGAGAUACUUUCCUGCAACAGAAAGCUCAGUCACUUACCAAAGACGUGCAGUCCUACUACAUUUUCGUGAGCUCAUGGAUGAUGAAAAUGGAGUCUAUUUUGUCGAAAGAGCAGAGAAUGGAUAAAUUUGCCGAAGACCUUACCAACCGAUGCAAUAUUUUUAUACAGGGCUUCUUGUAUGCAUAUAGUAUUAGUACCAUUAUUAAAACCACAAUGAAUCUCUACAUGUCCAUGCAGAAGCCGAUGACUAAAACCUCAGUUAAAGCACUGUGCAGGCUUGUUGAACUUCUCAAGGCCAUCGAGCACAUGUUCUACAGGAGAAGCAUGGUUGUGGCCGACUCGGUGUCACAUAUCACACAGCACCUUCAGCAUCAGGCUCUUCACUCUAUUUCCGUGGCCAAGAAAAGAGUAAUUUCUGACAAAAAAUAUAGUGAACAGCGGCUUGAUGUGCUCUCUGCUCUAGUUCUGGCUGAAAACACGCUGAACGGGCCCAGCACGAGGCAGCGGCGACUUAUCGUUUCUUUGGCACUAAGUGUCGGCACACAGAUGAAAACAUUUAAGGACGAAGAACUCCUUCCACUUCAGGUAGUCAUGAAAAAACUGGAUCUCAUCAGCGAACUUAGAGAAAGAGUCCAGAUCCAGUGUGACUGCUGUUUUCUCUACUGGCACCGCGCCGUCUUCCCGAUCUAUUUAGAUGAUGUCUAUGAAAAUGCUGUUGAUGCAGCCCGGUUGCAUUACAUGUUCAGUGCGUUACGGGAUUGUGUGCCUGCUAUGAUGCAUGCAAGGCAUUUGGCGUCCUAUGAAAUACUCCUGGAUUGUUACGACAAGGAAAUUAUGGAAAUUUUAAAUGAGCAUUUGUUGGACAAGUUAUGCAAAGAAAUCGAGAAAGAUCUGCGACUUUCUGUGCACACACACCUCAAGCUGGACGACCGAAACCCCUUCAAAGUGGGCAGGAAAGACCUGGCUCUCUUUUUCUCUCUGAAUCCCAUUCGGUUUUUCAAUCGAUUCAUUGACAUUCGAGCUUAUGUAACUCACUACCUAGACAAGACUUUCUACAAUUUAACCACAGUAGCUCUUCAUGAUUGGGCCACUUACAGCGAAAUGAGAAAUUUAGCUACUCAGCGGUAUGGAUUGGUUAUGACGGAGGCACAUCUUCCUAGCCAGACUUUGGAACAGGGCCUGGAUGUUUUGGAAAUUAUGAGAAACAUUCAUAUAUUUGUAUCUAGAUACCUCUAUAAUCUCAACAACCAGAUUUUUAUUGAACGAACAAGCAAUAACAAACACUUGAAUACUAUCAAUAUUCGACAUAUUGCUAAUUCAAUCCGAACACACGGCACAGGGAUCAUGAACACAACAGUUAAUUUCACCUACCAGUUUUUGAAAAAGAAGUUCUAUAUAUUCAGCCAAUUUAUGUAUGAUGAGCAUAUCAAAUCUAGAUUGAUUAAAGAUAUUAGGUUUUUCCGGGAAAUCAAGGACCAAAAUGAUCACAAGUAUCCUUUUGAAAGAGCAGAAAAAUUCAACCGAGGCAUCAGAAAACUUGGAAUAACCCCAGAGGGACAGAGCUACCUUGAUCAGUUCAGGCAACUCAUCAGCCAAAUUGGUAAUGCUAUGGGCUACGUACGAAUGAUAAGAUCUGGAGGUCUUCAUUGCAGCAGCAAUGCCAUUAGGUUUGUUCCUGAUCUUGAAGAUAUUGUAAAUUUUGAAGAACUUGUAAAAGAAGAAGGUCUUGCAGAAGAAACAUUAAAAGCAGCAAGGCAUUUGGAUUCAGUCCUCAGUGAUCACACAAGGAAUUCUGCAGAAGGUACAGAGUAUUUCAAAAUGCUUGUAGAUGUUUUUGCACCAGAAUUUCGAAGGCCAAAGAAUAUACAUCUCCGAAACUUCUAUAUCAUCGUUCCCCCUUUGACCCUCAACUUUGUAGAGCAUUCCAUUAGUUGUAAGGAGAAAUUGAAUAAAAAAAAUAAAAUUGGAGCCGCAUUCACUGAUGAUGGCUUUGCCAUGGGUGUGGCUUACAUUCUCAAGCUUCUGGACCAGUACCAGGAGUUUGACUCCCUUCACUGGUUCCAGUCUGUCCGGGAGAAGUACCUGAAGGAGAUUCGAGCAGUCGCCAGGCAGCAGCACGUGCAGGCGGCGGGUCAGGACGAAAAGCUGCUGCAGACCAUGAAUCUCACCCAGAAGCGCCUCGAUGUGUAUCUGCAGGAAUUUGAAUUGCUCUACUUCUCACUGAGCAGUGCAAGAAUUUUCUUCAGAGCUGACAAGACUGCGGCUGAAGAAAACCAAGAGAAGAAAGAGAAAGAAGAAGAAGCUAAGGCCAGCGACGGAGCCCUGCCGGACAGCACCGUGGCUGCGGAUCCCGUGGUCAAGUGACCCUGAAGGGCAGCAGCGCCCCCGUACCGCGUCAGCGCCCCAUUGCGCCACUGCCAGGGCGGCGGAGGAAGUGUUUCCUGGGAGUGUUUGGAUGCUGGGACCCUUGAAAGACAGUGCUCUCAAGAUAAGCCCAUCCUUCUGAAGUUCUAGUGUUCAGAAGUUGAGAAUGAGAUUUUUUUUUCUUCUUUUUUUUUAACCUGGUAUUUUUGCCUGGAUUUUAGGCUGGAAAUGAUGUGCCUACAGUUACUCGCAGUGAAAUUGUGAAGUUGUGGCAAAUCCAAAUCCCUAAACUGCCACCUCAAAUUGCUUGUGGUCUUGUGAAUGUUUGUAAUUUGUGUUUAAUAGGUCUUGGAUCCAUAUUUGUCUCUGUCAUUGGAAAUUCAAUGCAUAUACUGUGUACAGCUAGUAAAUACUUUUUUUUUUUUUUUUUUACUUUUGGCGGUGCUGGGCAGUAAAUACAUUUUAAACAAAAAGGAAUUGAGCCUGAAAUUCAUGAGGCUUACAUAUCAAUAUUCUUAUAAAAGGAAUCUGUAUGAAGAUGGUUUUGAUACUAGAGGCGAGACACGCGUCUGUUAUGUACCUUUAUAGACAGUGUACGCUGAUUCUCUGUUAAUCUCAUGUGACUUACAUAAGCUGCUGAUGUCUUUGACGAGACAUUUAUAACUAGUUUACAUUGCUUUGAAACAUUAACCUCCAGCAACUGCUUUCAGUGUCAGGCUUAACACGCAAUAGGAAAGAGAACUCAAAGCCAUAGAGUCGUGUGAAGAGUCCCCUUUUGGUUGAAGGCACUAUAUAUGAUAUCAGAGGAAAUGGGAUGAAUUAUUAUUUCUACAUCUAAACUCAGGUUUUCUUCUACAUUAGGUUGAAUUGAAAUCCUGGUGAUAAUUUGAAUAGACCUUUUUCUUUAAACCAAGUAUAAUCUAAGACAUCAGAUAAGCACUGUGCAGGCUUAAAAAAAACUAUAUAUAUGUAUAUAUAUAUAUACACAUAUACAUAUGUAUAUAUAUACAUAUAUAUAUAUAUCUCUACCACUGUGAGAAUGAAGUUCUAUUAGAUCAGUUACUGAUUUCAAAAGUACAGAGAGAUUUUUGAGUAGUUCAGUUCCUGGUAAGCUACCAGCUUUAUUUUUGUAAAGGUUCUGUCACUUCAUAGUUAACGGUUCAUGAAGUCCUGUGUAGUCUGUAGUGUCUCCAGUGAUGCCUUUUCAGCGAAGGAGAGGAAGUGAGUCUAACCUGACACGCAUUGCUAACGCCCUUUGGGGAGGACUUGGUUACUCCAGUUGCUAUUGUCUACUGAGAAUCUACCUGGGUAAGUCUCCCAAAUCACCCUGACAUUGCUGCCGGGGCCCCAGCCCUGCAGCAGGAGACCAGUGACCCCGUCUGACGUCACUGUGGCCAGAGACGCUUUCCCACCCCGGGAGAAACACUUCUGUUUGAAGUCAGAAGAAACAGAACUAGGUAGGAAAUGUCUCUUGUGUAUUAUGUAGACAUGGCUCAACUGAAUUACGAACACCCGUGGAGUAAGGUUUGUAGUAUUUGUAAUUCAUUCUGACUGUAGAAAUGGCCCUAAAGCAUGCUGCAUUAAUUCAUAAUUUAUAUUUUCAUUGCUAUAAAUCUUCAUAUUAAUGUUCUUGGAUUUGAUUGUGUCGAAUUUUGUCACCAUUUCAUAGAAGUUGUUUUUCUUUUGACUUCCUUAAAAAUUUCAUCUCUCAAUAGGGAUCAAAAUGUAAUUUGAAAAUCAGAUGUUUCUGUUUAUUAGCCCCACGUGUCAGUUAUUUUAUCUCCACAUGGAUGGAAUUCUCAUUCUCAAGAAGAAAGUGACAGAUUAUUAUUUUGCUUUUAAUUCAAAUAAAGUUAUCGUAGUCUGAAUAAUGAUAGCAAAUCGAUACAUUUGAAAUAUAAAAAUCUCUAAAAAGAUUACACCUAUUUAAAGCUCUUAAAUAACAGGAUAAUAGGGCUUGAGUGUAUUUAUACCUAACUUAAUAGACACAUUUGAAUGAUGGUUUUCCUUGAUAACAUGUUAAUGUUAACAUUUUAAUUUUUUUCACAAUACUGUAAUUUAAAAUUAGUGAGCAUCUUUUGAAAAUUCACAGAAAGCUUAAUAAUGUGCAAAUUCUCAGGAAUUAAAGAGUAAUCAUAACAUUGUUCUAAUUACAUUUUGUAAGAGAUGGAAACUUUGUUAUUGACUUGAGUGGGGCUUCCCGGGCCCCAGUUCUAAAGAAUACACUAUAUAUAAUAAAACGUUAAUAAAUAUAAUUUCAAAAUAUA